AUGGGUAAGAGCAGACUAAUCGUUAGAGAGAUGGUGGAUUUAAUGGGUCUGCCUCGACAAUUGCAUAAAAAGCAUGAGGAGAAGACAGCAUCGAUUUCAUCGAGUCUUAAUCCACCAAUUCCCUUCGCCGACCAUGCAGCUAACGAAGAUGAAUUUGAUGACAUCUUUGAUAUGUCUAAAAACACUCUUCUGAAGAAACAAGGCAGUGAAAGGCUCAAGCAACUACCCUGA